CUUCCCCUUCCCACCCUGUUCAGGCUCCAACCACCUCCACAAUGCCACUCUCAGGGACCCCAGCCCCCAAUAAGAAGAGGAAAUCGAGCAAGCUGAUCAUGGAACUCACUGGAGGUGGACAAGAGAGCUCAGGCCUGAACCUGGGCAAGAAGAUCAGUGUCCCAAGGGAUGUGAUGUUGGAGGAGCUGUCGCUGCUUACUAACCGGGGCUCCAAGAUGUUCAAACUGAGGCAGUUGCGUGUGGACAAGUUUAUCUAUGAAAACCACCCUGAUGUCUUCUCUGACAGCUCAAUGGAUCGCUUCCAGAAGUUCAUUCCCACAGUGGGGGGACAGCUGGGGACAGCUGGCCAGGGAUUCUCCUACAGCAAGAGCAGUGGCGGAGGCCAGGCAGGAAGAAGUGGCUCUGCCGGGCAGUAUGGCUCUGACCAGCAACACCAUCGUCAGGGCUCUGGGUCGGGCUCUGGGUCUGGCUCUGGCCCUGGAUCUGGUGGUGCAGGUGGUCCUGGGGGCCACGCGGGCAGAGGAGGUGCUGCUGGCACAGCAGAGGUUGGCGAGACAGGAACAGACAACCAGGCAGGUGGAGAAGGAAAACAUAUCACUGUGUUUAAGACCUAUAUUUCCCCAUGGGAGAAAGCCAUGGGGAUUGACCCCCAGCAGAAAGUGGAACUUGGCAUCGACCUGCUGGCCUACGGGGCCAAAGCUGAACUCCCUAAGUAUAAGUCCUUCAACAGGACAGCAAUGCCUUAUGGUGGAUAUGAGAAGGCCUCCAAACGCAUGACCUUCCAGAUGCCCAAGUUUGACCUGGGGCCCUUACUGAGCGAACCCCUAGUUCUCUACAACCAGAACCUCUCCAACAGGCCUUCUUUCAAUCGAACCCCUAUUCCCUGGCUGAGCUCUGGGGAGCCUGUAGACUACAAUGUGGAUAUUAGCAUCCCCUUGGAUGGAGAAACAGAGGAGCUGUGAGGUGUUUCCACCUCUACUUUGUAUCAAGUUUCCCCUCUCUGGUUCCAUUUUGGAGAGGGAAUGCUGAGCAGGAUACCCCCACUGAAAAUCCAGGAUCCUUGUGGGAAUGGAGGGAAAAGGCAAGGAAAGAUCUUUCUUUUCACCUUUCACUCGAAGUCCCCACUCCAAGCACCUUUUCUUACCAACUCAGAGCUCCCCUUCCACUGCUCUGUAUGGAACCUGCUCUUUUAUGGAAUUUACUCUGCCUUCAGUAACAGUUAAUAAACUUCAAGGAAAUGAA